AUGAUGCACUUGUCGGAAAGGCUCCAGAAAGCUCGCGCUGAGGCCGACCUUGCCAUCGGAGACCUUAUCGACGGUACGCUCAGGGCAAAUUUAUUGGAUGCCAGUUGUCUGAGAGGGAACGAGAACCUCGCAAAUCUUUUCAAGCACGACUUGCUCGAGAAAGCGAACGGAGAUAUGCUCUAUGCCCGGGUCGCCCUCGCAAUAAUCGUUAGGAAAGUCCCAGCUACAGAAGAUUGGCUGGAUGCGUUCCUCGAGGAACUGCCAGAAGAUGUGCCCGGGCUGUACAUGCGGACGCUGCUUCGUGUACCGGAGAUGCACCGCGAGACGGUUCGCCGUGCUCUGGUUUGGCAACGAUUUACCUUCCAGAAGAUGAGCCUUGGCGAGUUCGGGGAGGCUCUCCGGGUUCCGCUGGAGCCUCUUGAUAAACUUGGAGAGUUCAAGCUUGGAGACUUCGAGCUUGGAGAGCCGUUUCCGGAUCCCCUCGCCACCGUCGACAUGCUUCCGGGCAUCUUGUUCGUCAGAUCGCCGCCUUCUCCUGCCUCCCCGUCGAGCUCAAGCUCAGACGGUAACAACAACGACAACCUGCAGCAGGUGCAGAUCGGCCACGGCUCUUUUCUAGACUUCAUCGAAUCCGAGUUGAUCAAGAGGCCGGGCCCCAAGGAAGCCCAAGACUUUGCCAUGGACAAGGCCGGCACGAAACAAGGGUUUAUAGUCGCCUGUCUCCGUUACUUUCUCCACGCUGCCGGCGAGGUGAGGGAUCUGGUGGACAAGGACGAGAUUCUAAGGGCUUUCCCCCUGGCGGAAUGUUCGGCCAAGCACGGCCUUCGCCUGGUCGAGGGCAUGACCUACGAGAAGCAGCGGCCAGAGCCAUUGGAGAACAUGAUGCGGCAGAUAUUCUCCUCCAAAGACGCCGUCCGGCUCUUGAACCUGGUGGGGACCUGGAGUGGCACUCUAGUUGGCUUUGAAGACUUCCUCGGGCCGCUAUCGUAUCCUAUCGGCAAGGGCCAAUUGCGCAUCUUGAGGUUUCUGCUCCGAAGGCGCAACGACGACAGGGCAGGAACAUUAGCACGAAUAUCGGCAAUUGUGACGGAGGAAGAUGUCAAUGCCGGGCUGCACCAAGCUUGCGCAUCCAACAACUACGAACUUGUUGAGUUCUUGCUCUUCUACGGCGCCGACGGGCGAGCACCUGCUGGCAAAUACCUAUGCGCGGCCGACACGGCCUUGCAGCACGGGUCUGAUUUCAUUGUCAAGAUCCUCCUGAACGGAAGGAACGGCAUUGCGCAAAGCUGCGCCGAGAAGAAACACCCUCAUCUAGUCACCUGGCCACUGCCAGGGAGUCCACUGCCAGUCUAGCCGAGUGUAAGAUAGGCUUCUAAGUCUAUAGACCUAUACCUAACUUAUAAGGUCUCGCCUGCUAGGACUAGAUAGUAUUCUUACUCGUCCUCAUUCCCUUACGUUGAUGAACGAGAUAGUGUAGUUUACUGUACGUUUUUGCUAGUUAUAGGCAAACUGUUUAAUUAGACUACAAAGUCUGGCAAGGCGCGGGACUGAUUCGAUUUAUACUUUGUAGUGAUGCUGCCAGAAUUAUUCACCUUUUACUCAACCUCUUCCGAACGAGUCAAC